AUGAAUGAGAGUGCUACUGAAGUCUCUGCGCAGCCAGCGCAACAACAAAAAUUCCUGCGCUACAGAUCUGUUCGCAAAACCAUCAUAGAGGAGCAGAGCAAUGAUCCCGAGCCUGUUCCCUCUCUUCCAGAGCCUGCGCCUGUGACACAAUCAUCUCUCACACGUCUUCCUUCGAGGUACCACCGUAAAGCUAAACCCAACACACAGCACCCACCUGUACCCAUUCCACAGACCAUCCCUUCCCAAAACAAUGUUUUGAGGACCAGAAAUGCUGCACAGCCAGCUACCGAGCCCACUCCUCCUCUGCCCAAGCAUAGUGAGAGUCGAAUAAACCAUACUGGCCGGGUAAAAAGACCUUCGACCAGAGAAACUCGAAGUAAAGGUAGUGGUGGAACUCCAAGUUCUACCAAGGAACAACCUAGUCCUGAACAGCUCAGGAGAUCUUACGAAGUCGCCCGUGAAGAAGCGCGCCUGAUAUUGGAAGGCGAGUAUGAUCGACUCAAGGCGUUACGAGAACAAGAAGCAAAACGACGCCAUGAUCAACGACUACGGAAGGAGAAGGAGGAUGAGAGACGACGUCUCACGCAGGCAGCUCCUACGAACACCUCUCAGGCCUCAAGCAAGGCGAAUCAAGGCGAUUCUCGUCUUCAAGAUGUUAAUGCAGCCAGAUUACAUUCCAGAAUUGGCGAAGAGGACAUUACUGUGGCACAAGAGUUCACUCCCACGACAUCCAUUGGAGCAACGAUUUCCAAAUCACGACGACUCAUAAUUGGGGGUCCUCCCCCUUCUCGAACAGAGAAAAAGCACAGGCGAAUCUCAUCCGCUAUAGAGCCUCGCCAGAGCAGUCAUGCCCUUUUUCAGCAGGACGUCAUCCAAACUAAACCAGAUGAGAAACGUAACAGCGCGCCAACAGCAAACGCACCAAAAUUUGAUGCUCCUGUGUCGGCUGUCAAUUCAGGUGAAAGACGAGUCAGCGUCAAAUGUAAGGCAGCAUCCAUCACGCUCCCCGUAACCCCUUCCACUACCGCGAAGGACAUUCUGAACUCGGCCGCUCUGGUUAUGUCAGAAUCAAUUGAUGCUCAGACGGCGGUACUUGUCGAAUGUUUUUCGCAACUUGGGCUGGAAAGACCAUUGCGGAGAUAUGAGAGAUUACGAGAUGUCAUGAACUCGUGGGACACUGACACCCAACACCACCUUCUCAUUAUGGAGGCCGGUGAGGUGGCUGCUCGAGAUCUACACGUCAGUGACGCGCCUGCCAAGCAACCCAUGGGACUGGCCGUGCAAAUAUACAUUUCACAGAAGCCUGGCAAGUGGGAUAAGCGAUGGCUGAAACUAUGGGACAACGGGCAGAUCAGCGUGUCAAAGCAGGAAAGUGGCAUUGACUGCACUAAUAUCUGCCAUCUGUCGGACUUUGACUUGUUCAUGCCCACAGCCAAGCAGAUCAAGAAGCUCAGACCACCCAAAAAGCUCUGUUUUGCGCUCAAGAGUCAACAAAAGGCGGCCAUGUUCUUGGAUGGCGCGAAUUUCGUUCACUUCUUUUGUACGAAGGACAAAGAAAUCGCUGAUCGAUGGUACCAGGGUGUCCAUUCAUGGCGAAGCUGGUACUUAGUCAAUAUGCUGGGUGAAGGUCAGACGCUUCCAGUUGAGGCCUUGAUGGGACAACUUAUGGACCCGCGUCCAAGUACCGGAAAUUCCGCCGAGACAACACCAUAUGUGCUUGGAUCUUUCAAGCCGUUAUUGGACUUUGGAUCUCUGAGACCCAGUACCGAAGGUCUCAGACCGGGCGAGUCUGACCCUCUCAUUCGUCCCUCCCAAGACGACCAGUAUCGACCAUUGAUCGACCAAAUCCAGGACAAGGCAAGUUUCGAUCUCCAACGAGGAGCAUCAGUCCGCAGGACAACAAAACCCCUAAACCGUUCAUAUUCGCGUCGAGCCGGCCUCGAGUCAACGCAAUCAAGAGAAUCUGUCGACGACGAGGAUAGUCCAUUCACCGGCAAGGGUCUUCUUGCACGCAACGCGACCAGAAAGUCGCAAGGCGGCAAUCGUUCCGGCCGCGGCGUGUCGGGCGUGGAAGGUCGGCCACUGGUCGAUCUCCAACCAACGAGUGAGUUCACCGAUGGGAGUCUUCUUCGCAAGAUCGAAGCCUGGACGGCGCAGGAGGGAAAUUCGGGCCCGAAAAUCGAUAGGCAGAAGAGAGUGGAGGUUAAUGCGCCGGUGGGAGAGGGGUUUUAA